GUGGGGGCCCUGUGUAUUUCUGCUGAGUGUACCCCCGGCCCUGUCAGAUUUCUGUCACUGCGGAAAGGGACAUGGCUCCUAGUGUGACAAAUGACGAAUGCAGCAGCCGGUGGGUGUGGGUUAUUUUCUCAGAAAAGAGCCUGACAAACAAGCAGGGAGGAAUGUGUGCCCUGUUAUGUGGGAGGGAUCAGGUGUCGCUGGCUGUGAAGGGCUGGUAUAAAGGACAGGGCUGCUAUUCCCCAGUCAGAACAUAUAUCAGCACUUCAGCGGACUCUAAAGCAUCAACUACCAAAGCAAGAGGCUCAGCCCUCAGCCUCAAGUUAUUGGCUUGUUAAAGCCUAUAGGGAAAGAAUAAAAGUUGUCAAUGACCCACUGCGAAGUUUUCAAGCUCAACAUUUAAGGAGAAGCCUAUUCCAACAUGGACAUCCAGAGGACCGGCUCGUUGGUGCGUCCACCCAGCCCCAUGGAGAGCCUGGAGAAGCAGCUGAGCUGCCCUAUCUGCCUGGAGAUGUUCACCAAGCCCGUGGUCAUCCUGCCCUGCCAGCACAACCUGUGCCGUGGCUGUGCCAGUGACCUCUACGACUCACGCAACCCCUACCGCUUCUCGGGCGGCGUCUUCCGCUGCCCCACCUGCCGCUUCGAGGUGGUCUUGGACCGCCAUGGCGUUCACGGACUUCAGCGCAACCUGCUGGUGGAGAACAUCAUUGACAUCUACAAGCAACAGCAGGAGGGUGGUGGGGGUAGUGGCAGUGGAGACAGCACAGAGACUCCACUGAAGCCCAAGGACUCCAAGGAACCCAUGUGCCAGGAGCACGAGGAGGAGAAAAUCAACAUCUACUGUGUGACCUGCCAGAUGCCCACCUGCUCCAUGUGCAAGGUGUUUGGUCAGCACAAGGACUGUGAGGUGUCACCACUGGCCAGUGUCUACCAGGUGCAGAAGGGCGAGCUGAGCAACGCUAUCGACACCCUAGUGGCAGGCAACGGGCGCCUUCAGGCCCUCCUCAACCAGAUGGAGGAUACAUGUCAGGCGGUGCAGGACAACGCACAGCGUGCCAAGCAAAGCCUAGGCGAGCGCUUUGACCUGCUCUACGCAGUGCUCGAGGAGCGCAAAAGCCUGCUGCUGGAACAGAUCGGCAAGGAGCAGGACGAGAAGGUGACUGCGUUGCGGGUGCUGGCCCAGCACUACAGCGAGCGACUGCAGGCGGGAUCAGAGCUGACGGACACAGCGGUGCGGGCCCUGGAGCAGAGCGGCGCAGCAGAGUUCCUGCUGGCCUCCAAGGGCCUUAUCACACAGACCAAGGACACCGCCAAGAUCUCCCUGGGCGAGGAGAGGCCCGAGCCGGGCUUUGAGAAGAUGGACCAUUUCACGCUGUCCACUGAGCAUGUGGAGGCCAUCCUGGCCAAGAUGGACUUUGGAAUGGUCGAAGACGAUGCAUUCGAGGAUGCCGAAGGGGACGAAGAAGAGGAGGAAUGAUGAAACUGGAAAAUAUACAAACUGAACAAACUAUUUACUACUUUUGAAGGUUCUUUUAACCUGAAUGUUCCUGGCAGGGACUCUAGUUGCAAUGUUUCAAUGAUAUUAAGAGAAGUUAGGAGUAAAGUUUUAAAAUGUUUUUAUACGUAGUUGAUUGACUUGGAUACCAUGGCUUUCCCCAGUUUUGAGUUUAAUAUUUUUGUUUUUUUUGUACUCUUAACUUUGCCUUUUUGUAAACAUAAUAUUUUUUUUAAUACUUUUGUAUUUCCAUAUCAGAUUUAUUCUGAUCUAUUUGUUAUGUACUUUAGGUUGAAUAUCCUCUCACAUUGUUUACACUUGAAUACUUUAACACAUGUAAAGAUUGAGAUGGGAAAGUAGUUUUGAUUUGUAGUUUCUCAUCGACAUCUAGAAUGCCUAUGGUUGUAUCAAAUUGAUAAAUUAUUUUGUGCACUAAACUGGCAAGAGAAUAUUUCAACAGAUCUGAAAUAAAGGGUGUUUCAAAUGACUCAA